UUGGAAAUAGCAGCUGCAGAGUAUAGGGUUCAUGUACCUCUCCAAACCCUGAACAGUGGGGAACGGACCCCUGUUAUUGGGGGUGUGUGGAUUAAACCAGGAAAGGAAUACAUCAGCGAAUUUACCCUGCCUGUGUCUUUUGAACAUUACAGAGCCCUUAUUGAGACUUUUGUCUACCUGCCGUGGAGCAAGUUCGUAUCACUUAGCCAGCGCAGCUGCGGGAGACCUUGAGUGCAGAAAGAAGAAAAAGGGAUGGCGUCAGAGGAACUGAGGAGUGACCCUAACUUAGGCGUCAACAGCAGCUAUUUUUACGAUGACAACUGGUACAUAUCAGAGCCAAUGGGAAACCUGGAUGACAUGAAUCCUGAUGCUAUCUCAGACUGCCACCCUACUGUCCCUUAUUAUCUCUACCAUGCCUGCAUGGCUCCAAUAUCUCUUGCCGUAUUGCUUGGUCUAUCUCUGCUGAUUAAACGAAAGCAUCGCUAUAAAAACUGUUUGGGGGGAGCUCCUGGCCUUUUGAGCCCCGUGCAUUUCUUGGAAGAGGAGGGAAACAAGGGGCUGACAGUAGCUGUGUUCGGCAUCCUCUUCUCCUCCUUAUGUGUGCUGGUUCUAGAUGCCAACCCCCUGCCUUUCAUCUCCAGCUCUUCUCCGCACAGUCGAGAGUACUGGAAGAUCAUGGCUUUGCUCUAUUACCCUGCCUUCUACUACCCCUUAAUUGCAUGUGCUACAGUCCGACACAGAAUUGGGUACUUCUUUGGCUGCUUGUUGUCGUGGUGCCAUUGUGUGGUCCAUAUCUGGCAGAAGGUGGAAUGCCCCGAGUCACCCAAGAUUUAUAGGUACUAUUCCCUGCUCUCUUCUCUCCCUAUAAUUUUAUGCCUGAUGGUUCUGAGUCUCUGGUAUCCUGUACAGCUUGUCGAGAGCUUCCGACAGAAGAGGAAGACGGUUGGAGAGGUACCUGGAAAUGGAUAUUACAAAGAAUAUCUGAAGAAUAUUCUGGCUAAAAGACCACCGAAGAGAAGUACCAGCAAAGCCAAGCCAAGUGUGUUUUCAAGAAUCCAGUCAUAUAUGAGGUCUUACAUAUACACACCACAGGAAGGUUUCCAGAUCCCUCUGAAACUGGCCGUCUCGCUAGCCAUGGCUGUGAUUGCUGUCUACCAGGUAGCCCUCCUGCUUCUCGUCACAUUCGUCCCCUGCAUCCAGAUAGUGAGGGCUGGCAUGACAAAGGAAGUGACCGUCUUGUUGGUCCAGUUUGGCCUCGUUCCCAGUGAAAACACAGCGGGUCUUCCUGGAGACAAGGAACUGGCAACAGCAAAGCACUAUGUCUGGUCCCUGGAAGUGUGCUUCGUCUCCUCCCUUGUCAUCUCCUGCCUGUUGACUUUCAGCAUGCUGAUGAGGUCCCUGGUGAGGCACAGAAGUAAUCUCCAGCGUCUGUACCGAGGGGCAGUUCUUAAUGUUUUCCAUCGACCCCGCAAGCUCCAGCCUUCCCAACAGGCCCUUGUGUGCUGGAUGUGUUUUACUAGCUUCCAGGCAGCGUUCACUUGCUUGGGUCUGCUCAUCCAGCUCGUUGUUUUUUUCAUCUGCACUGUGAGUUUCACUUUCCUUGUGGUCAUCCCUUUGCAGUCUGGCACCAACACAUACCUCUUUAAGAUUGUGAAGAACAUGUGGCCCUUCUGGUUGACUUUGGUGGUUUCUGUCAUUGUGCAGAACUUGCUGACGCACUACUGUUUUCUCAAACGAGGCCAUCUGCCAAAGGAGUUGACCAACAGGCGAGCUUUGUAUAUUGUGACGUAUCUCCUCUUCCCAGUAAAUGUAUUGGUGGGGGUCCUGGCAGGUAUUUGGAGAAUGGUGAUCUCUGCACUUUACAAUGUUGUCCACUUCUGCCAGCUAGACGUUAGCCUCCUCAGCCAUGGGGCAGAAACCUUUGAUCCAGGCUACCGCACUUAUUGUUACUACUUGAAAAUUGAGGUCAGCCAAUCGCACCCUGCUAUGAAAGCCUUCUGCUUAUUACUCCUCCAAUCACACAGCCCCCAGGGGCCGAAGGGACUCCAUCCCGGCGAUAUAGAAGAAGGGGUGAUGCUGAUGAAGACCAAGCAGCUGGCAUCAAAAACAUCCCAGCAGAAGCAGAAUCGUGCCCGAUGGUGCCUGGCCUACACUCUCCUCCACAACCCUUCACUUCUGCCUUACCGGAAGGGGUUUCUGGCGAACGCCGCAGCCAACGGGAUGCAAAUCAGCCUGGGGAAGCCUUGAUAGUAGAAACGCCCCAGCUUUGGGGGCAACAAUGGACCACUAUGGGGAAGGGACCCUGUGUUACAUCCUGAUCCCUUUGUACCCACUCUUCCCCCUUCCGUGCCCUAUUUCUCUGUAGGCCCCUCUUGUAGCCUUACCGCAAGGCUACAAUCUGGUUGCCCUGAGUAUACAGCCUGCUGUUUCCAGGGCACAAGACAGUCUGAUAAUAUGGAAACAGCAUGAAACUGAAGACAAGCUACGUGGAUCCAAAGACACCGUUUCUACCCCUCCUCCCUCCAAGCUUCUCCAGAAUGUGCCUUUUUCUUUUACUGCUAUUAGGAAUCCCAAAGUUUCUAGCCCCCCAAGCAUUUGCUGGGUUUUGGUUCUGUGUGUGUGUGUGUGUGUGUGUGUGUGUGUGUGUAUUGGAUGUUACGAAGAAUUGUAAGCUGUGUGCAUGCUUAGCUUGCGCCCACCAGACUUUGCCUUGGGAAAUUCUUUGAGUCUUUUUUUUUUAAAGCUCUUGUGCUGCUCCCAAAGGCAGAUCUGGGAUGCUUGUGUAAUGAUCAUGACAAACUCCAUUUCAAAAGGGCUUAAAAAGUGAAUUACGGUGGACAGGAGGGUGAAAAGUCUCAAUGAAAGAAUUUUUAAAAAGACGUUUUGCUCUCCAAGCUGUCAAGCGCUUCUGUCUACCGGUACUUCUUGGGAAUGCCAGAGUGUGCCUUUGGGCUAUUGUCACUGUUGUCCCUUCUGCCUGAGAAAUAUUUGAAAUGCAAUUUGGCAGUUUCUUUGCUUUGCAUAACUUGCCUAGUGCACAGAUUCUGCUUCUGUACUGGUACCAUCACUUCCUCUUCCCAGGUAGACUGGAAAAUACUUCUCUUUGCUCCCUAUUUCUUGACGUUUCCUAGGAGAAAACUGGCCAGGUAAGCUUUGGAGGCCAGCGAAGGUAGAAUAACUGUAGAAUGCAGAGAGUCGAACUCUCCAGUAAAAAAGAAAUAAUAAAUAUAACUUCAUUGUUUCCUUCUGGUAAUGCUGUCUGUAAAGGGCUACAAGCUUGGCAAGGGUCUAUUCUCCCUGGCAGCAUCUCUCUGCGGGAG